AUCGCGAACGGCUUUUAGUUGCAAUCUGAUGUCAGCGACCUCGUAUUAUUAACCAACGUAGCUAUUCUUGAUGCCAUUUCUCUUGUUUCGUCCUGUGGUUCUGUUUCUCUGUUUUGGAGUACAUCUUGUUGGCCUCUUCUAUUUUCUAAGCCUGCUGUGGAAUGUUUCAGCCGAUGCACUCAUUCUCGUGGCGUAUUGUUUUGCUCUCUGCCAACUUCGUUCGUCACCCACUGUGUAAUAAUAACUCGUGUUAUUGGACUACAGUAUAUCACACAUCACUGUCUGCCUUAUCACUCCAGUUAAAAACUUACACAACUGAUCAAUCUCUAGUCUACUUACACGUGUUUAUAAUCCUUUCUGUUUUAUGUUUAUGUUCAUUUAUAUCUCUUUAUUGAGUGUACAUAAGAUAAAUAUCUAUUGUCAUCUUACGUGAUUUAAUUGAAUGUCAUAAUAACUUACAACGUACUCCUACUGCUACUAUUUCGAUCGAGAAUUAUACAGUAGUCUUGUUAUCACAUGAAUAACAACUUUAGAUAUCUUAGCGCCAGUCACUACUUUUGCUCAGUUCGAUGCUCGUAACAAUUUUAAUACUGUCAGUGAUUGCAUUUAAUCAUCUAACCCUGUUGUUGCUUUCACAACUUCUUUUAAAAUUAUGCAGAUAUCAGCUGAUAUAUAAUUUAAAUGCUACGUUUCUUUUCCUUGAAAGAGAUGGUCUCAUUUGCUUUAUGUAUAAAGUUAUGCAUUUUAAAUUAAAAUAUUGAGCUUCGUUUCCCGAAUCAAUCACCUAUGUAGUUUUGUAUUAAAAUGCAUCGUAAGGAAUAAUAUACAUAUGAAGGUAUUGAAUUUUUUAAAGUUAUAUCACUUUAGUGUUACAGUUUUUUUCAAUUGUUCGGUAUUUUACUUGAUUUAUAUACUAUAAUGGCAACUCAAGAAUCACAGAAUGAGAGUUCCGCCGCCAAUAUUGAGGCCCAUUCCACAAAGCGCGCCGAAGUCAGUGCCUGCGAGAAAUUUGGAGAAUAUAUUUUUUCUAAAGGAGAAAAAUUACGACUCCAUCAGUUGUUGUCGCAAAUUGCUCGUGGUGAUAUGGAAGCCAAGCAUCGCUUGAAAAAUUAUCUUUGUAGUUUUUUCCCUGAUUUACGUAAAGAUGACGGUACUUGGUAUAAACACGCCGGUCUACGAGGUAUUCGUUAUGGCCUUUAUCGCUUCAUACUUAAGAGGGGCAUCGAUAUAUUAAAUGACCCUUAUUUCCUAGAGGCUAACAGAGUGUGGCAGAAACAUUCCUAUAGUCUACAACAAAAAUUCUCAGCUAUCGGGAAUGCCAAAUCUGCAAUAACUCUUGCUGAUUUACAAAAAGCCUACAGCUGGUGUAACAGUGAUCUGAAUAAUCCAAACAAGCUCCAGAAACGUGUCUUUAUGGACAUCGUCUUGUUUUUUGGUCGUAACGGCUAUAAAUGCCUCUCACAAUUAACGAAACAUCAUUUUCGCGUUAACAAGGAUCAGAAGUCUGGUUUGCAAUCUAUAAUCCUCACUGAUGGUAUUGUCAACACAGGCGAAAAUAUUCCGACCGAAUUAAGUAACACGAGUUGUAGGAUGAUACAUGAAGUUCCAAACGAAGCAUUGUGUCCUGUUAAAAUUUUUGCAAACUAUUUAUCAAGAUUGCACCCACAAAGUGACAAGUUCUUUUGUCAACCCCGCUUUGGAGAUGUAACAAAUUCGCCUACCUGGUACACAUUGCAACCACAUGGUGGCAAGAGUAUAGCUAACUUUAUGAGAGAAAUAUCAUCCAAAGCACACCUCUCGCAUUCAUACACCAACCAAUGUCUUCGUGCCACACUCAGCAGUCUCAUUGUCUCAGAUAAAUUAGAUUUGAAGAGCAUACAGAAAGUAAUCACUCACCAGUUACCUGGGCCAAAGUUGGACAGUGUCUCUUCUGAGAAGCCACCAAUUGAUGCCAAGCAGCAGCAUUUCAAAAGAUUGAUUUCAGCUGAUUCUUCACUUUCAGGGAUAUUUGAGCAUUUUGUUGGUGGCAAUGGACCUACACGAGACCACCCUGAUCCUCUACCAGUCAGACCAAUGAAUGUUCUCCAUUCCUCAGGUGGAUACAUAGAUGCAGGACCUUCAAAUCAAGUAUAUUCCGGAAAGCCUGAGAACCCUAGGCGUAAAAAGAUUGCUGCUGCCACUGUCUCGUCUGCACCAGUGCUCAUUCCAGAUGAUUCACCUCCUCAACCUUCACCUGCAAAAAUUCAGAAAAAACAAAUUGAUGAUCGACGCUUUGAUGAGCAACGCUUCCAAGAGCAGCGUUUCCAGGAACGGAGGUUCGAAAAUCGUCGAUUUGAUGACCGGCGACAAAUGGUUAACACUCAGGUAUCUCAGAUGGCUGCAAAAACACUACAAGCUCAAAUGCCAGUCCAGCAGCAUAUGAGUGUGGCCCAGGUUUCUCAAAAUAUUACAAGGCCUGUUCAAGUGUUAGCUCCACCAAUUCAAAUAAGUGAACCCAAACCGAAGCCUGUGGAAAAACCUCGACCACGAGAAAAACGAAUAUUUGUUGUUGCUGAUCAUCAGCGUUGUGUCAUGUCCAAUCUAGCAUCUCUGUGGAAAAGUGGAAAGUUGUGUGAUGCUGGUAUUGGUAAUGGCUCAUCUACUGUGAUGGUGCAUAAAGUUGUCCUGUCUGCUGUGUGUCCAAAACUGUUGUCAGUAUUUAGUACAGAUAUCCUCUCUCACAAGUUUCUCCAAGUGAACUUUCCUGAAGAAGUUAGCACAGAAGCUUUAAAUGCCUUUGCUGAAUAUAUGUACAAUGGGCUAUUAGAUAUUGAUCCUGAUAUUUUACAUCAGUUAAAAAUCAUUGCAAAACGUUUGGACAUGAAAGAAUUUGAACAACUGUGUGAUAGUCGUCUUCCAAGCACAAUACCUCAUCAACCAGCUUCAACGGUUACUGUAUUUGGUGAUCUCAGCCAGAUGCAGACCAUUCUAUCAAACCCACCCAGUAUUACAGUUCCAACAGUUCAACCAUCUCUGCCUUCAUCAUCCAUCACAUCAGUUUCAUCUCACUCUACUCCAUCUGUCACUACACAAGUCAUUGAUGUUAAACAAGAGAUAUCUGAGGCUGAAUUAGCACAAGUUAAGAAAGAUACAGCAGCUGUCUUUGGACAGGAAUCUGAGGUUGCUUCACUAGAUGCUAGUAAAAGUGGCAAUUCUUCUGGUGGUUUUGUUAUUGUUCCCAGUGUGAAAACUGAACCUGUAGGGCCUGAAGAUGACAGGUAUGGUCAACUGAAUAAUCAGUCUUACACAUCUACUCCAGUAUCAAUCAGUUCUCGGAUACCAGGUACCGGUUUGAAUUCUACGGUUGUGUCCUCUUCAGAAUUUGUUUUACCAUUUUCAGACACCACAGAUAGCAACACUACAAAUGUAUUGCAAGGAACGUCUAAAUUAAAAUCUAAUGUAUUUGAAAGCUCUCUAGUUUCUGAUUUAUCCCCUGUAUCAUGUAUUGUAGAAAAAAUGUGUUCUCAGUCCAGUCCCAUAAGAGAAGACCCUUCUAAACCACUAAAUCGAACUAUAACAACUCAGUCAAUUGACAACAUUGUGACUUCUGGUAGCAAUGAAGGUGUCUAUCCUGUAGGACUUUUUACAGCAGGAGGGGACAGUUUACCAUUAUCAUCAUCACAAGUUACCAGUGUCAAAAAUAUAGGUUUAUAUAAAACAGAUGGUCUUACUUGAUAUGAAAAAGAGUACAUUUUCUUCUGUGUGUAUGCGUGUGUGUGUAUAUAUAUAUAUUUGAUGGAUCAAGUUGUAUUUUUGUAUUAAAAACAUUUUCACAAA